UCUGCAUGCCUCGAGGCGUGAUGCGGCCCAAAAUCUGAUGUGUCCAACAGUAUUGUAGCUUGAACCAUGUUUUCACGUUAGUUUUCGAUUGAUCAGUCUUGACAAAUACCAGAUAAGAAUGAUACGCACAGGAAAGAGUUAUGGUUUACUAUUUAGUGCUGUUAUAUUGCACGUAGUCUCAUUAUGUAUUGGGAUCGAUAUAUCUUUUAUAAAGGAGUCGGGGGACUCAUUGAUUGAUCUUGUUUUAUCCGACGAAUUUGAGGGUCUGUUUCGGAGGGGAAAUGGCGAAACUGACGGCAUGAAGCUCUUUCGACUUAUUGAAGCUAACACCAAGCUUAAAGGUCCCGACUUCGAAGAGCUGUUUUAUAAAAUGCUUGGGGCUCGGUCGUUAGAAGAAUUGCAACAAACAAAAUAUGAUAUGAAUAAAGCAACAAACGUAAUAAACUCAUUGAUAAAAUUGGCAGAUAACAUUUCAGUAAACCAAUCAAGAAAACCUGGUUCGAAAUAUAAACAUGAAGAUGAAAGAAUUACUGCAGCAAAGAAACUAUUAAAAGACAAAUUAAAAGGCUCAGUCCAGUUCAAAGAAGAACUUUAAUUGAAAUAGACGUUGUUUUUGUUAUUUCUGAUUGAGCAAUUAUUCGAAUAAAUCCUUGGAUAUUUAAAUAAAAUUACAGUAAGCAAUA